AUGGUAAUAGCGCUCAGAAGAAUGAUAAAGCUGCGGGCAUCUAUACUUGCGGUGUUGUUAAUAUCGUGUUAUGUUUCGGCUUUCCAACCGAAUCCGAUUCAUUCCAAUAGGAGGGCGACGAGCAGGGGUCCAAGCACGUCCUGUGAAAGGAACAUUCCGACUGGCUUCGGUCGUCCGAGUCCAUCAAGAUUUGACCUUGACUUUCAGAAACAUCAAUCUCAGUAUGGAAAGCUGUUUUCUUUGAAUAAACUCGUUGAAGAUAUCAGCAGCAGAUCUCCGGGCCAACUACCCUCCACCGUCUUUGUCGGUGGAAAAGGAGGAGUCGGGAAAACCACCGUGUCAUCGGCGCUGGCCGUUAGUUUGGCUUCAGCCAUCGAAAAGGAUUUGAAGGUUCUGAUCGUAUCUACCGACCCUGCUCACUCUCUAGGUGAUGCCUUGGAUGAGGAUUUGCGCAAGAACAACGGUCGUCCUGUUGCUAUGACGGACUCUCUGACAGGUGGUAGAUUGGACGCAUGCGAAGUCGACGCUUCGGCUGCGCUCGAGGACUUUCGCGAAAACAUUGCUGCCUUUGAUAUCGAUCGACUAGCUGAUGCUCUCGGUGUUUCUGUGGACUUACUGGAAAGCUUCGGUUUGAGAGAAUUCAGUGGUCUUUUGAACAACCCUCCGCCAGGUUUGGACGAACUCGUGGCUUUGUCGAAUGUAUUGGAUUCGGAAUCUGUGGCCAAAGGUUACGACGUGGUAAUUGUGGACACCGCACCCACCGGACAUACUUUGCGACUGUUAGCUUUGCCGAAAUUCUUGGACGGCCUAUUGGGGAAACUUAUUAAAAUUCGCUUGCAACUAUCGGGGCUGGCGUCCACUUUACAAACCUUCUUUGGAAAUGACGAAGCACAGAAACGUGCAAAAAGCAUCGACGAUGCCGUCAACCGAUUGGAGCAGUUUCGUCGAAAGAUGAGUAAUCUUCGCGAGCGGCUUCAAGAUUCCCAGUCGACGCGUUUUGUUGUCGUGACAGUCCCUACCAAGCUCGGAGUUGCCGAAUCGAAACGCCUUGCCGCCGAACUCAAUUAUCAAGGAGUAAGUAUCACGGAUAUAGUCGUGAACCAAUGUGUCGGUGGGAUAGAUGACGAUGUGGACUCUGAAGCUCUACAACAAUAUUACGAUCGACGAAAGGAUGGACAGAAAAAAUGGAUCGCCAAGCUUGAAGAAGCUGUUCAGGACGUGAGCUGUAGUGAAGAGUACAAAGCAAAUGGUAGUUCCGCUCCUAUUGGCAUUACCAGGGUUCCAUUUUUCGAUGUUGAAUUGGUCGGAGUGCCCGCAUUGGGAUACCUUGCUGCACAAUGCUUUACAGAAAACCUCAGCUUUGCGCAUUUGAUGAAUGUCGAUAGCUCGAAUGAGCCACGAGUUGUAAUUUGUGGGGGGAAAGGAGGAGUCGGAAAGACAACGACUUCGUCGGCACUAGCGGUUUCGAUGGCUUCGAAAGGCCACAAAGUAGCGCUGAUAAGCACGGAUCCGGCUCACAGUAUUGGUGAUGCUAUCGAAAUAGACCUCUCUGGUGGAAAGCUUGUGGAUGUUCCGCUAAUAGGAAUCCCGACGACGGAUGGCUCACUGUCUGUUUUAGAAAUCGAUCCGUCGACAGCAAUCAAUCAAUUUAAAGGUGUUGUGGAUCAACUCAUUGGUGGAGACGAUAAUCCUUCAGAUGCUGGUCUUCGAAAUACGCUGCGUGACCUACAAGAGGUGUUUGAUACUCUUCCGGCAGGCACGGACGAGGUGGUGGCUUUGGCGAAGAUUGUCAAUCUGGUGAAGAAGGGCGGAUUCGACCGGAUUGUAUUGGACACGGCCCCAACAGGGCAUACACUUCGAAUGCUGAGCACACCAGGCUUUCUUGCCGAGCUUAUAGAUCGCCUGCUUAUUAUAGCCGAAAAAGUGAAUUCGAAUACGGCAAUAAAAAUGUUAAUCGGAAGUUCCGCACGGUCAGAGGACAUCUCAAAUGCUGCAGCAACAGCAAAGUCCACUCUUCUGUCCUUCCAGCUCCAAAUGUACGAUCUCGAAAAUUUGUUUGCUGAUGCUGCACAAACGGAAUUUCUCAUCGUAACAGUGCCCACGGAGCUUGCCGUAAGGGAAAGCAUGCGACUUCUAAAUGAUCUGACGUUUGAGUCCCCAGACAUGCCUAUUAAAUGCCGAAACAUUGUGGCAAACCAAGUUCUUGGGGACGAUGGAAACGAUGCAAAGACUUUUCUGGAUCAUGUGGGGCAGACUCAAGCAAUAUCCGUAAAAGACCUUGAAGAUGCUGUUUCGAGUUACCCUGCACCUCCUCUAAUUACCAAAAUUAAGUACCUGGACACGGAACCCCGCGGUGUGUUUGGACUUAAGGUAUUGGCCGACGAACUACUGAGAGAGAUAUAG